UUACAUUUUAAAUUUUAUUUUAAAUAAAUGAGUGGUUAUUAAUUAUGGUUGUACAGUAGAUAUAGUUUCAAUGAGUAAAAGGAAAAAUCCUGUUGGAGAAGAAAACCCCAAUUACGAUUUCUGCAAUUUUUUACUAGAAUUAGCCGAAUAUGAGAAGAAUGUUAGUAGAAACAUGCACAAGUUCAGUGCGUAUAAAAAAGCAGCUGCGACUUUGGGGGAGCACCCAACGAGAAUUAAAUCCGGAGAUGAAGCCAGAAAGCUGAAAGGGAUCGGGGACAAGAUUUCAAAGAAAAUAGACGAAUUUUUAGCUACUGGAAAGCUAAAAAAAUUAGAAAACAUACACAAUGAUCCAAAAACUGAAGCUAUCAACAUAUUAACAAAAGUGACUGGUAUAGGCCCAGCAAAGGCGCUAAGUUUAUACAACCAAGGUUUCAGAACUAUAGAAGAAUUACAGAAAAAUCCUGAAAGUUUAACGCAUCAUCAAAAAAUUGGUUUGAAGUACUAUGAAGACUUCGAAAAGAAAAUCCCCAGACAAGAAAUCCAAGAAAUCGAGAAAAGAUUGAAAGACCUAAUACAAAGCAUCGAUUCCCUAUACAAAAUAACAAUAUGCGGUAGUUACAGACGAGGAAAAAGUGAAAGUGGCGAUGUUGAUACGUUAAUAACGCAUCCAAAUUGGACGAGCGAUAAGGUCAACAAAAAGGACAAAAAUCCAAUGCUCAAAAAAAUAAUCAAUGCUUUAACAGUAGCCGAUUUGAUCAUAGAUACUCUAUCAUUGGGAGAAACCAAAUUCAUGGGAGCUUGUCGAUUGGAUUCCGAACACCCCGUUCGCAGGCUUGAUAUCAGAUUAACUCCUUACGAUCAAUAUUAUUGUUCUAUUUUGUAUUUCACUGGAUCUGAUGUUUUUAACAAAACCAUGAGGGCCCAUGCUGUUGAACAAGGGUUUACGUUAAAUGAAUAUACUUUGAGACCUUUAGGCAGCACCGGUGUUCCUGGUGAACCCAUAGAAAUAACCUCGGAGGAAGAUAUCUUCGACUUUAUCGAUUAUCCUUAUAAAAAACCAGAAGAUCGUAACGCAUAGUUUUAUCGAAC